CGAAAAAAAACAGAAAACGAAAGCCUUUCGCCAGUUCGUCUCGAUAUAAUCCCAACAGCUGCGCGGGAGGCGAAAGCGAGACAAGGUCAUGUCGACCACCGUAGGCGGUUUCGCCGCAGGCGCUCUGGCAGCUUGCGGAGCCGUCACAGUCACGCACCCGGCCGAGGUGCUGAAGAUCCGACAGCAGCUGCAGGGCGAGCUGCAGACCAAGGGCGCGCAGCCGCAGUACUAUCGCGGGCCCAUCCACGGCAUCAGCGUCAUUGUCAAGAACGAGGGCAUCAAGGGCAUCUACCGCGGCCUGGGCGCCGCCUACGUCUACCAGGUGCUGCUCAACGGCUGCCGCCUCGGCUUCUACGAGCCCAUCCGAAAGUCGCUGGCCACGCUGUUCCUCAAGGACGAGAGCGCGCAGAACCUGGGCAUCAACGUCUUCGCCGGCGCCUCGUCCGGCAUCCUCGGUGCGGCGGCGGGCAGUCCCUUCUUCCUCGUCAAGACGCGGCUGCAGAGCUUCUCGCCCGUGCGGCCCGUGGGCACCCAGCACAACUACCGCAAUGCCUGGGACGGCCUGAGACAAAUCUAUCGCGGCGAGGGCUUCUUUGGCCUGUACCGCGGCAUCAGCGCGGCCAUGGUUCGAACUGGCUUCGGCUCCUCGGUCCAGCUGCCCACGUACUUUUUGGCCAAGAGACAGCUGGUCAAGCACGCCGGCAUGGAGGAGGGCCCGGCCCUGCAUCUCUCCAGCAGCGCCGUCAGUGGCUUCGUCGUCUGCUGCGUCAUGCACCCGCCUGAUACCAUCAUGUCUCGUCUGUACAACCAGCACGGCAACCUCUACAGCGGCAUCUUCGACUGCCUCGGAAAAACGAUCCGAACCGAAGGAGUCCUUGCCAUCUACAAGGGCUUCAUCCCUCACCUGGCCCGAAUCCUCCCCCACACCAUCUUGACUCUCUCCUUGGCCGAGCAGACGGCCAAACUGGUCAGAAAGGUUGAGCACCGCGUUCUGCCCAUGCUAGGGUAUGAGGAAGGCCGCCUAUAAAGCUCAAAGGCUUGCGUUACAAAAAUUCCCGGGGUUGAACCCCCCACUUUGUUCGACCCUGUCAUUUAAAACAGGGCUUGAUUUCAUCGCGUACAUUUAUCAGUACAUGUUGUUGCGUCUUUGGGAGUGACGUCUCUGGUUAAUAGAUUACGGGUAUAUUUCAGGAUAUGUGCCAAAUUUGGAAGAGAGGCAGGGGAAAAGCUCAUGGCGGCAUGAUUUUUUGCACUGGAGUUGGUAGUCUCAUGAAUAGAUCUGAGCGCAAUGGCGCCGCUGUAUAAUGAAUAUUCACUUGAUGUUUUCUCUG